AUGCAAAUUUUCGUUAAGACCUUGACCGGAAAGACCAUCACUUUGGAGGUCGAAUCCAACGACACCAUUGAGAACGUCAAGUCAAAGAUUCAAGACAAGGAAGGUAUCCCUCCAGAUCAACAAAGAUUGAUCUUUGCCGGAAAGCAAUUGGAAGAUGGUAGAACCUUGUCUGACUACAACAUUCAAAAGGAAUCCACAUUGCACUUGGUCUUGAGAUUGAGAGGAGGUGUCAUUGAACCAACCCUUCAAGCUUUGGCAAGAAAGUACAACUGCGAUAAAAAGAUUUGCCGUAGAUGUUAUGCUAGACUCCCAGCCAGAGCCACAACCUGCAGAAAGGAUAAAUGCGGUCACUGCACUGAUCUCAGAAUCAAGAAGAAGAUUAAAUAA